AUGCCCUAUCCCACCUCGACCGCCCUUCGCUCCCCUCCCGCAGCUCCCUCGCGAGAGCCGUACAAGCUAUACGGCCAGACCUACCCUCUCGACACCCACUCCAACCUCCCUCCUACCAUCAUCUCCAAGCUUGACCGGGGCCUCCUCACUCACCCCUCGCAUCCCCUCUCCAUCCUCCGCCAGAUCAUCCAGGAUCAUUUCGCCUCGGCCACAUCCAUCGUACAUCCCAAUCCGGUCGUUUCGGUCUUUCAAAACUUCGACGAGCUGGGUUUCCCAGCGGACCACCCUGGUCGGGCAGUGACGGACUCGUACUACCUGAAUAAAGACUAUAUGCUGCGGGCACAUACGUCCGCACACGAGGUGGAGACAUACCGCUCGGGACUGGAUCAUUGGCUUCUCUCGGCGGACGUCUAUCGGCGGGACGAGAUUGAUGCGUCGCAUUACCCGGUGUUCCACCAGAUGGAAGGAACGCAUGUCUGGUCAGAGUCAGAGCUGGACGCGCUGCCCGCGCUGAAUGCCAAACUCGCGGCGGAUUUGGCGGGAUGUCCGCUCGUCAUCGAGGAUACAACCCAGAUCUCCCCUUCCAACCCUUAUCAGCCCUCUCACGAUCCUCGGCAUGCCGCGCAGAUCACUCAACAUCUCAAACACUCUCUCAACUCGCUCAUCUUCCGCCUGUUUGGCGGGGUCGCUCAGAGCGGAGGCGAGCCAUUGAGGGUACGCUGGAUCGAGGCAUUCUUCCCGUUCACAACGCCGAGCUACGAAGUGGAAGUGUGGUGGGGCGGUGAAUGGCUGGAACUGCUAGGAUGCGGCGUAGUCAUGCAAAAGACGCUAGAUCUGGCCGGCCAAUCACAUAAAUCUGGAUGGGCCUUCGGACUAGGCCUCGAACGAAUCGCCAUGGUACUCUACAAUAUCCCCGAUAUCCGCUUGUUCUGGUCCACCGAUGCGCGCUUCCUGUCCCAAUUCAAACCAGGCCAAAUCACCCAGUUCAAGCCAUACUCGAAAUACCCACCGUGCCACAAGGACAUGUCGUUCUGGCUGCCCGAGGCGACGGUGGCUGUGGAGGCGGGGAGUGAGGCGGGCGGGGCGGGAGAGGGGGUGACGAAGGUGGAGGCGGGUAGGAGGGUGUUCCACGAAAAUGAUUAUUGCGAGAUUGUGAGGGAAGUAGCGGGGGAUCUGGUCGAGACUGUUACUCUGAUUGAUGACUUUACACAUCCCAAAUCGAAGAGACAGUCAAAGUGCUACAGACUGAACUAUCGAUCCAUGGACAGAUCAUUGUCGAACGAGGAAGUCAAUGCACUGCAAGAUCAGGUCCAGAAGAGAGUAGUCAGCGAGAUGGGGAUUGAGAUGAGGUGA